AUGGCAGCCGGAGAGGACACAAGCUCGGACGACAACGACGCCUUGCACACAAUUACAGCGGUUCUCCAUCACGCAGCCAGUAUCCGCAAGGUUAGGCCUAUUUACAAGGACAUCAGUUGGAAUAACGUUCCACUCACUAUGUUGGUGGACACGGGGUCACCUGUAAGCGUCAUUCCCGUAACGGUGUUCCGCAAGUACAAGCAGCUCUGGCCUCCGUUGGAGAGUUCACAGCUCAAGCUCUCUUGUCUCUUGGGAGAACUUCCAGUUGUCGGCCAGCUUAGCAUGACCGCUACGUACGACGGGAAAGAUAUUCCUGGUACUGUCAUAGUGGUCGACAGCUCCGGACCAUCUUUGUGCGGCAGAGACACCAUCAAGGCAUUUAAUGAAGUUGGAGUGGCAAUGUUGUCGAAUGUGGUAGCGAAUCUGCAACCGGCUAGAAUACAGGCUGCCAGCACAGGUCUGCAACAGCUGCUUGACGAAUAUGCCGACGUGUUUGCUCCGGGACUCGGCCUGUGCAAAGGACCACCGGUCACAUUUCAAUUGAAAGAAAACGCGUGUCCACAGUUCUUUAAGGCCCGUACUGUACCCUACGCUCUCAGAGAUAAGAUGUCUGAAUCGUUGGAUCAGCUGGUCGCGGAAGGCGUUUUGACGCCGGUAAAAACCGCUGAAUGGGCAACCCCUGUGGUACCCGUUUUGAAGGGCGAUGGGUCCCUCCGACUGUGUGGAGACUUCCGUAUGACUGUGAAUGCGGCCACUGUGGUAGAACAAUACCCGUUGCCUCGAGUGGACGACAUUUUUGCUAGGUUAAACGGUGGCGAAGUAUUCACGACCUUGGAUUUGCGUCAAGCCUACAACCAGUUGCCAUUGGAUGAGGAAGCAAAGAAGAUAACAGUCCUCAACACCCAGAAGGGUCUCUUUUGUUUUAACAGAUUACCGUCUGGCCGGCUGCGGGAGUAUGGUCUCCGACUGAACAAGGGAAAGUGCAAGUUUCGGCAAGACGAAGUCACAUUUCUCGGUCAUCGUAUCGACGCGAAGGGUCUGCGACCGAAGGACGACAAUAUCAAAGCCGUUGUUGAAGUCCCAAAGCCCACCUCGGUGAGUGAGCUGAAAGCUUUUCUCGGUCUCAUAAAUUACUAUGGCAAGUUCCUGCCCAAUCUGGCCACCAUGCUAGCUCCGCUACAUGCUCUCUUAUCCAAAGGAGUCAAGUGGCAAUGGAGCCAGGAACAGGAGAAAGCAUUUCAGCAAGUUAAGCAGGCAAUUGUAGCUUCCAAGUUUCUGGCUCGCUUCGACCCGGAUAAGCCACUGCGGCUGGAGUGCGAUGCAUCACCAGUAGGCAUUGGGGCCGUUUUGUCGCACCGCGUGAAUGGUGUUGACUACCCCAUCUGA